AUGGCCAUUCGCCUGAAUCUAGUAUUCUUGAACGGCACCUUCCCCCCCGAUAUACCGGGGGAGUUCACUCACCUGGGACCAGCAUCUAACAGUGUUAUCGAUUACCUCUUGAUCUCCGCAAAUUUGGCCGUCAAUGUACUUUCCUUCCAGGUUGAAAACCAACAUUUCAGUGAUCACCUCCCAAUAGUGACCACUUUGUCAUUGUUCCGGUACCAGAAGGACUAUAAACACUCAGUCCCUCUGGAAACCUCAUCAGCGACCAAAAUAAGUGGGAUCAAAUGGUCGGAGGCUGUGGCCCAAAAAUACCAGGAUUUUUUCCAUAGGGAAAUCACUGCCUAUCUACCUCAAAUAGCUACUGAUUUACAAGAUUCCAAUUCGGUUUUGAAAUUUUUAACCUUCUUACAACAAACCUUACCACUUUUUUACAUUACCUCCUCAAAAGGCGAAAGUAGCGCAUUGCAGUGCUGGGGCCCCUUGGUUUAAUACCUCUUGCAAACAAGCAAGAUCCCUUCUUCGUUCCAUCUAUAAUGAAUACAAAAACUCUAAUGCCCAGGCUCUACCAUCCUCCUAUUUACAAGCCAAAAGAGCAUACAAACAGACUUUAAAGCUGGCCAAACGUGAGUGGUAUCUAAAGCGUUGGCGAGCCUUGAUUGCGGCCUCUAGAUCCCGCAGACCACAGGAAUUUUGGGCUUUGAUAAACAAAAGAGGAAGGAAGUACCCACUGACGAUUAUCCCUGCGCCCACAUGGGAACAAUUCUUGAGCAAAUAUUUCUCCUUGGCAGAGGAAUCCAACUCAUCCACUGAAUUCCGAGCCGACCAUCUACCUUUGUGGCCCUCUACCGACCCAGACCUGAUAAUGGACUUGAUAUUAGAUCUGAAAACGGGCAAAGCCCCCGGGCUGGAUCUAGUCCCUGCUGAGGCUAUUGUUGCGCAACCGAGGUGGUGGGCUGAAAUCCUGGCCAAAGUCUUUGAUGCAAUUAAUUCUACGGGGCUUAUCCCUAGGUCAUGGAAGGAGGCCGUGAUCGUGCCAGUCCAUAAAAAGGGUCCCCUGCUGACCCGGAGAACUAUCGGAACAUCAGCCUUUUGUCUAUCAUCGGGAAAAUCUAUGCAAAAUUUUUGCUGUCCAAGCUGUCCAAUUGGGCAAACGACUCAAAUUUGAUUGGCCACGAGCAAGCGGGCUUUAGGAACAAUUAUUCGACCACUGACCAUAUGGUAAUCAUGUAUCAUCUUGCCAGAAAAUAUUCUGCCCCGAGUCGGGGGCGCCUAUGUGUCGCUUUCAUAGACCUAAAGGCCGCCUUCGACAGUAUCCCAAGAAACUGUCUAUGGAAGAAAUUAGAGAGAUGGGGCAUAGAUAGAAGGCUGUUAUGGCUUAUAACCCAAUUACACCAUGGGUCGUCGGCUAGAGUGAGACUCACACCGGCGGGAAACCUAUCCAACGAGGUCCCAAUAAAUAGAGGUGUGCGCCAAGGUUGCAUUUUGGCCCCACUCCUCUUCAACUUGUUUAUUAGCGAUAUGAAGCUCUUUCUGAAUGAGUCUCAAGCCAACAUUCAUGCCCCCGCCUAGCUGAUUUUCGCUGCCCUCUGCUCUUAUAUGCCGACGAUGCAGCGAUCCUUUCCUACUCUAGAGUCGGUUUAUGCAGAGCUCUAAAGAUUUUUGCGGCUUAUUGCAAACUCAACCAUCUGACAAUUAAUCAUGGGAAAUCUAAAGUCCUGGUCUUUACCAGGUCUCGGAAAACUUACAGCUGGAAGUUAGAUGGAGUCCAAUUAGAACAAGUUUUCAAAUUUAAAUACCUGGGAGUCUUUUUUCACUACAACCUAAGCUGGAAGCCACAGAUACAGUAUUUACUAAACAAAGGGAAAACAAUACUUUAUACUCUACUCCAAUUUUUUGCGGCCGACGGAGCCUCCCACAUCCCUUCUGCAUUGAAGGUGUACCAUGCAAAAGUGGUUUCCACCCUCUGUUAUGCUGCCCCGCUCUGGGCCCCAGGGUCCAAUUUAACAUCGUUGGGGACAUUGCAGAAUCAGUUUCUCCGUCGCCUCCUGAAACUCCCCAUGUGUGUGAGCAACGCAGCCAUACGUCUGGAGUUAAGGAUUGCAUCAUUGGAGACGGUCAUCUGGAAGCGAGUCUUUGGUUAUUGGCUGUCCAGCUGGCACAGGCUUCCCAACCAUUACCUUUUCAGUGCCUCUGGCGGGACGACUUUGUCAAUCCAUGGGUAGGAAAAAUCCAUGCCAAACUUCUGAGCAUCGGAAUUUCCCCAGCGGACUCCUUAAAGAUGAACUUACGCUCAGCCAAAAGACUUAUUGAGCAGAGAUUAGCAGACAUUGAAAAUCAACACAACCUCGCCGGGGUGAGGGUGUCUGCUCCCCCAGGUAUCACGGAAUAACCUCACCACUUGGCCUUCCAUCAUACAUGUCAUCUCUUUCAUCUGUACCACACCGACAUGCAUUUAUUCGUGCAAGGUUCAAUGUCUUUCCAUCGAACCUGCUGAGCCACAGAUUUUCCAAGGGUUUGGUGUCUCCGCUAUGCGUGUGUGACGGGAAAACUGUUGAUUCUCUCUCACAUAUAAUGUUCAACUGUCCCCUACAUAGCAUAGCCAGGACUAAAUUCCUGGGCCCUGCUUUACUGCGCUUGGUUGGCAGGCCUGCUGAGUCACAUGCCGCACUACUUUUGCAGGAUACAGAUCCUUCUGUAACUCUGCAGGUGGCGAGAUUCCUGAAUGCAGUUAUCUCACACACAAAAACCACCAAAAACAACAACAUCAAAAACUAAUCGGACAGUUUUGAAGAGAGUGCAUGUCGGAUCCCGUCUUCAGUUCUCCUUUUCUGGGAUCCGUCCCUUGGAGCUCUCCGGGCCCCAAGCUGUUAUCUGGCUCUGCUCAAUGACCCACCCCUGCAUCAUGGUGUUCACCUUCUGGUGCCGAAUAUAUUAGUCUUUAUGCCUCUGUGCUUUUAUGUUUGUACAUACUUUAUGGGCUAAUAGCCGUAAAUAAAUAAAUAAAUAAAUAAAUAAAUAAAAUAAAUAAACGAGACCCUCUUGGGGUGCUAAAGAUAUGAACCCCUCCCAUAUAGGCUCAGGUUGUCGAUAUGUGCAAAUAAACCAUACGUCAUAAAGGAACCACGGUCUCCACUAUGCUUCAUCCCCAAAGGAAACAUGAUCAGAGAUUGGAGUGGCAUGAUGCGAUAUUAAGGCAGAUUAUAAGACACAAACUAUAAUAAAAACAUAAUUUAAAAUUUUUUGUCGGCUAGUUGAUUCUGUCUUUGUGAGUUCCUGCAUUUAUUCUUCUAGAAUGCUUUUGGUUCAGCAAACGAUACUGCAUUGCAAAGCAUUGCUAGCUUCUCCCCGCCCACCUUAGACUGGCUUCAAUGCUAACAACUCUGCUUCUGUUCUUAGGAAGACCAUUAUGUUCGCUUUUACUGUUGCUUUGUGGCACUGGGUCCAGCAGCAGCAGAUGUGUAGGGAACAGCAGCCAUGUAGCUACUCCUAGAAGUGUGAUUGAUGUUCCCAAACCAACAGAGCUAGAAGGUGCCAAGGAAGAGGCAGACGGUGAGUCUUCUCCUUUCUCUCCUCCUUUCUCUUUCACAGGCUAACAGCCAGGGGCUCCAGGUUAAAGAGAAGAAAUCAAAACACAGGAAAGUGUUGGAUUUCUGCUAGAGUUGUUCGUUGUCCUCUGCCAGGGCACAGCUCACUGAAUCACUGUUCUGUUGAAGUGUGUGUGGUUUAAGGAAAUGGCUAAAAUAUGAAACAUCUAUACAAAAAAGGAAGGAAGUCUCACUAUAUUCAGACAUGCAGCACAUGGAAUCAUGAAAUCAGUGGGCUGCCUGCAGAGAAUAUCUGUGUAACAAGUCUGGAAGAAGCUGAUUUUCCCAUCUUUUCUUCUCCUUGCUUCCCCAGAGCUUCCCCAAAUGCUCCCCUUAGAUUCCGGGAAAUCUGAGUGGGACUUGGGAUGGGAUGGGUGGAUAAGGGGGAAAGGGGUGGUGGUAGAAAAUCAGGUGAAUGAAUCUUCUGUCAAUGCAGAAUAAUAUGCCACUAUCUGGUUUUCUGCCAUCUUCCCCUGCAAUUAGUCUAUGCCACUCAUCAAGGUUCCCUUGCUCUUGGGACAACAUUUUCUUUGGGUUGAGUGGGAUGAAUCCAACAGGAAGAGCAGAAGAGAGAGAGGUGCAUCAUCUGGCAGCCUUCUACUGGCAAAUCUAUUGACUCAACUAUGGAGUUGGGAGGUGUGUCAUCUACUGUGGGAACGCGGGUGGUGCUAUGGUCUAAACCACUGAGUCUCUUGGGCUUGCUGAUCAGAAGGUGGGAGGUUUGAAUCCCUGUGAUGGGGUGAGCUCCCAUUGCUCUGUCCCAGAUCCUGCCAAGCUAGCAGUUCGAAAGCAUGCCAGUGCAAGUAGAUAAAUAGAUACCACUGCAGCAGGAAGGUAAAUGGUGUUUCGUGUGCUCUGGCUUCCAUCAUGGUGUCCCAUUGUGCCAGAAGCUACUGUUAGGUCCAUCAUGAGACGUCCGCCAGCUUCCAAUCACAGAUACCAGCAGCCUUCAAGCAAGCAAACUUGCCUUAUUCUCACUCCCUAGCAUCCCACUGCCAGAGGAUUGCCUCCUUCCAUUCACCAGUUUGCCUCCUCCAAGUGGAAGAAACCUGGGCAGGGCUGAAUGUCACAUCCAUUGCCAGGUGUGCCCUGCUGGAAAUAGAAAGGGGCUUUCCCCUUGGCCUGACUUUAUAUCCACUCAGUUGCCAAGUGCUUUUGUGACAUCACAAGAAAUCCACAGCCAAUGGCAACAGCUGAGGACACAUCAUUUUCAUUGCUUUGAGUCUCACAAUGGCAGGUGGACCUAUCAGUGAUUGUGUGCUUGUUUAUUCGGGAUGCAGGUGGCACUGUGAUCUAAACCACUGAGCCUCUUGGGCCUGCCAAUCGGAAGGUCAGCGGUUUGAAUCCCCGCGACAGGGUGAGCUCCUGUUGCUCUGUCCCAGCUCCUGCCAACUGAGCAGUUUGAAAGCACACCAGUGCAAGUAGAUAAAGAAGUACCGCUGUGGAGGGAAGAUAAAUGGUAUUUCCGUGCACUCUGAUUUCCAUUAUGGUGUUCCGUUGUGCCAGAAGCUGGCCACAUGACCCGGAAAGCUAUCUUUGGACUAUGCCAACUCCCUCAGCCUGAAAGCAAGAUGAGCACCUUUGACUGGACUAACCGUCCAGGGCUUGUUUACCUUUUACCUUUAACAUCUACUGUACACCAAACCCUUUGACUACAUAUUUUAUAUUUGGUUUUUGGUACCUACUGUUUCCCUUUUCAAGCUUUUGGGAUGUUGCCUGCGAUCCCCUUUUAAUAAAUUCAGAAGUGAACAUAUUGUUAGUUCCUGCAGCAGCAGCAGCUGUGUAGUGCAACUGGCUUUGUCAAGGGCUCCCUUUGUGAUUGUGUUCAGUUUUUCAAAUCACUAAUUCAUAUCUGCAAGAUGGAAAUAUAUAUAUCAGUCUGAAAGGCAAACAGUUACAUAAUUUCUGUGACAUAUAGGAACCACUGUAGCUGACUUACCAAAUUCAGUACACAUUCAUUUUUUUGUUCUUUUUAAAUAUUAAGUUUUUUGUGGGGACAUCCCUCCCAAACAAAAGUUCCUUGAGAAAAAUCAUUUAAAGCACAGUAGUAAGCACAUUAAACUACUGAAGUAUAUGGAUAAACUAUGAGAUUAAUGGUUUAUUGUAGCAUACAUUUCUUUGGAAUUUUUCAUCACCAAUAUAUAUAUAUAUAUUUAGAAUUUAUAUCUCCUUUAAGCUCUUCCUUUGUAUAUGCAAUCACAUUAGAAUUAUACAUUUAGGAAUGCAAAAAAUACCCCCACCAAAACCCACCUUUUCCUUUUCAAGUCCCAGGAUUUCAAUAAUACAGUGGUACCUUGGUUUCAAUCUUAAUCCGUUCCGGAAGUCCAUUCUUAAACCAAAGCGUUCUUAAACCAAGGUGUGCUUUCCCAUAGCAGCGGGGGACUCAAUUUACAAAUGGAACAUGCUCAACAUGUUAUGCUUCCAAAGCAAAGUUCACAAACCAAAACACCUACUUCCGGGUUUGCAGCGUUCUUAAUCCAAGUUGUUCAUAAAAUAGGCUGUUCUUAAACAAGGUACCACUGUAUUUUAGUCAAAGAGAGAACUUUUCCACCUAAGGUAUUUAAUGUACACUGACAAGGCAAUGAUGGUUAAGGGCUAUAUCCCAUUGCACACCUAUAGCUUCAAUUAACAUUAAUUGGAAGCAAAUAGACAUAUCUAAAGGAAGCAAAGCUGCAGCGUCAAGAUGGGAAGUUUAAUUCUGUUGCUCAGCUGUGAGUUAAGUCAGACUCUUAUAAUUUGCUUCCCUUGUUCAAAGUGAGAGAACAAUAAGACCGGUUGCUUUAGGAAAAUGGGGAAGAGGUUAAAUGCAUUAUACUGAACUGUCUGUUUCAUGUUUUACCAGGCUAUAGUUAAAUGUUAAAUCAGCUCACAAUUUGCUAGAAUAACUAUUGUUCCAUUUAACAGGGACACUUAGACAAAUGGUGUUUCAAAUUAGAUAUGCCAAGGUACACAAUUUUCUUGGAAGACUGUGGGAUCUUUGAGAGACCUAUAUUUUAGUUAAAGGAUUUGUAGCCAUAUCACGGGAAAGCUUUUUCACACUGCUGCCAUAGAAAGCUGCCUUGCGUCUAGCUGGGUUGUUUGUUCACCUAUUGUAGUACUGUCUACCCUGACUGACACCAUGUCUCCGGGGUCUAUGGCAGAAAUCUUCCCCGCCACCUGCUAUCUGAUUCUUUUAACUAGAGAUGCCAAAGAUUGAGCCUGGAACUAUCUGAAUGCCAGGCAUGUCUCGUCCCUCUCUGAGCAUUUGUCUGAUCUGAAGCCCAGCCCACCCCCAAAACUGUAGCAUUGGAUUACCCAGUUGCCACUUCAGGAGACUAAGUAGGCGCUUUUGAAGUGUGCUUCAGGAUUUGCAAAAGAGAGCACCUUUCAUCCCUGUUCCAUGCUGCAGUAUUUCUUAGGCAAUAUUAUAGCAAUUUAACUGGGUUUUUCUUCUUCUAAUGACAAGAUUUGUUGUGGUUAGGGAGGGAAGUAAAGGUAAAGGUAAAGGGACCCCUGACCAUUUGGUCCAGUCGUGGCCGACUGUGGGGUUCCGGCACUCAUCUCGCUUUUUUGGCUGAGGGAGCCGGUGUACAGCUUCCGGGUCAUGUGGCCAGCAUGACUAAGCCGCUUCUGGCAAACCAGAGCAGUGCACGGAAACACUGUUUACCUUCCCGCUGGAGCGGUACCUAUUUAUCUACUUGCACUUUGGCAUGCUUUCAAAGUACUAGGUUGGCAGGAGCAGGGACCAAGCAACAGGAGCUCACCCCAUCGGGGGGAUUCGAACCGCCGACCUUCUGAUCGGCAAGUCCUAGGCUCUGUGGUUUAACCCACAGCGCCACCCGCGAGGGAGGGAAGUAAACAGAUGCUAGUCAAGUAAGCAACCUGGGGCACUUUUGCAGCGAAAGAGCAUCCAGCCACCCAACUUCUUACAGGUCACGGGUGCAAUCGGCUACUGAAGGGGAGCUAUCCUUGGGAUCUCAUAACAUCGUAGGCUGUUCAGCCAUGUUGUUGUGUGAUAGUUGUUACCACAUGCCCACAUCUACACAUGUAGGAGAUGACCAUAUACAGAAGGAACAUAUGGCAUGUCUUUCGAGUCCACAGGACCAAUUGCACUAAUACAAGGAAGAAUCAGGAAUCAGGUGGCAAAGCAAAGCUCAGGGGAAAAUGAAUAUACAAUUUAUUGGGAGGGGGGAGAAACCAACAAUUACCCCAAGGUUGGUUAAUGUGAAGGGUUUUUUUUCCAAAAAGAAAAGAUUGGCAGGGCUUUUUUUAAAAAAAAUAAAAUAUGAUUUUCAGGUUUAUAAUAAUAAUUUUACAGUCUUUUUAACAUUUCAAAACGACUUCCUUCCUCCUCUUUCUGCACUUCUUUAAAUUUAUUUUUAAUAUCUUCUGCAUAUCCAAAUUAACUUAAUUUGUUCAUUUAUUCACCUACUCUUAUGAAACUGCAGGUUAUUACAAUAAACUUGCCAAUGUUCUUAUCUGUUUACAAUUUAUCUGUAAAUAUUCAAUAAGCCAUUUCCAUUCUUUUAUAUAUAUAAAAAGAAAGUUUGCUAACUUCAUUUCUUAUUUUUCUGGUAAGUUUCGUCAUUUCUGAAUAUUCCAUAAGCUUUUGUAUCUAUUCUUCCUUUGCUGGGACUUCUGCUUCUUUCCAUUUUGGGGCAAGUAACAUUCUCGCCCCCUUCAUGGAUCACUGCCUUGCCGUGGCAAAGGGGCUUGAAUAACUCAGAGAAGCUAUGAGCUAUGCCGUGCAGGGCCACCCAAGAUGGACAGGUCAUAGUGGAGAGUUUUGACCAAACGUGAUCCACCUGGAGCAGGAACCAGCAAACCACUCCAGCAUCCCUGCCAAGAAAACUCCAUGGACAAAGACAACAGGCAUAUAAAAGUUAUGACGCUGGAAGAUGAGCCCCUCAGGUCGGAAGGCGUCCAACAUGCUACUGAGGAAGAGUGGAGGACAAGUACAAGUAGAUUCAGAGCUGAUGAAGCUUCUGGGCCAAAGCCGAAAGGACGCUCAGUUGCGGAUAUGCCUGGAAGCGAAAGGAAAGUCCAAUGCUGUAAAGAAAAAUAUUGCAUAGGAACCUGGAAUGUAAGAACCAUGAACCUUGGUAAGUUGGAUGUGGUCAAAAAUGAGAUGGCAAGAAUAAAUAUUGACAUCCUGGGCAUCAGUGAACUAAAAUGGACGGGAAUGGGCGAAUUCAGUUCGGAUGACCAUCACAUCUACUACUGUGGGCAAGAAUCCCGUAAAAGAAAUGGAGUGGCCCUCAUAGUCAACAAAAGAGUGGCAAAAGCUGCAUUGGGAUGCAAUCUCAAAAAUGAUAGAAUGAUCUUGAUACGAAUCCAAGGCAGACCUUUUAACAUCACAGUAAUCCAAGUUUAUGCACCAACCACUGGUGCUGAAGAAACUGAAAUUGACCAAUUCUAUGAAGACUUACAACACCUUAUAGAAAUGACACCAAAGAAGGAUGUUCUUCUCAUUAUAGGGGAUUGGAAUGCUAAAGUAGGGAGUCAAGAGAUAAAAGGAACAACUGGCAAGUUUGGCCUUGGCGUUCAAAAUGAAGCAGGGCAAAGGCUAAUAGAGUUCUGCCAAGAGAACAAGCUGGUCAUCACAAACACCCUUUUCCAACAACACAAGAGACGACUCUACACAUGGACAUCACCAGAUGGGCAGCAUCGAAAUCAGAUUGAUUAUAUUCUCUGCAGACAAAGAUGGAGAAGCUCUAUACAGUCAGCAAAAACAAGACCUGGAGCUGACUGUGGCUCAGAUCAUCAGCUUCUUAUAGCAAAAUUCAAGCUUAAACUGAAGAAAGUAGGAAAAACCACUAGGCCGGCAAGAUACAAUCUAAGUCAAAUCCCUUAUGAAUACACAGUGGAAGUGAGGAACAGGUUUAAGGAUUUAUAUUUGGUGGACAGAGUGCCUGAAGAACUAUGGAUGGAGGCUCGUAACAUUAUACAAGAGGCAGCAACUAAAACCAUCCCAAUGAAAAGGAAAUGCAAGAAAGCAAAGUGGCUGUCCAACGAGGCCUUACAAAUAGCGGGGGAGAGAAGGCAAGCAAAAUGUGAGGGAAAUAGUGAAAGAUACAGGAAACUGAAUGCAAUUUCCAAAGAAUAGCAAGGAGAGACAAGAAGGCCUUCUUAAAUGAGCAAUGCAAAGAAAUAGAGGAAAACAAUAGAAUGGGAAAAACCAGAGAUCUGUUCAAGGAAAUUGGAGAUAUGAAAGGAACAUUUCGCACAAAGAUUUCCAUAAUAAAAGACAAAAGUGGAAAAGACCUAACAGAAGCAGAAGACAUCAAGAAGAGGUGGCAAGAAUACACAGAGGAACUAUACCAGAAAGAAAUAUAUGUCUCGUAUACCCCAGGUAGUGUGGUUGCUGACCUUGAGCCAGACAUCCUGGAGAGUGAAGUCAAAUGGGCCUUAGAAAGCAUUGCUAAUAACAAGGCCAGUGGAAGUGAUGAUAUUCCAGCUGAACUAUUUAAAAUUUUAAAAGAUGAUGCUGUUAAGGUGCUACACUCAAUAUGCCAGCAAAUUUGGAAAACUCAGCAGUGGCCAGAGGAUUGGAGAAGAUCAGUCUACAUCCCAAUCCCAAAGAAGGGAAGUGCCAAAGAAUGCUCCAACUACCGCACAAUUGCACUCAUUUCACACGCUAGCAAGGUUAUGCUUAAAAUUCUACAAGGCAGGCUUAAGCAGUAUGUGGACCGAGAACUCCCAGAAGUGCAUUCUGGAUUUAGAAAAGGCAGAGGAACCAGAGACCAAAUUGCAAACAUGCGCUGGAUUAUGGAGAAAGCUAGAGAGUUCCAGAAAGACAUCUACUUCAGCUUCAUUGACUAUGCAAAAGCCUUUGACUGUGUCGACCACAGCAAACUAUGGCAAGUUCUUAAAGAAAUGGGAGUGCCUGAUCACCUCAUCUGUCUCCUGAGAAAUCUCUAUGUGGGACAAGAAGCUACAGUUAGAACUGGAUAUGGAACAACUGAUUGGUUCAAAAUUGGGAAAGGAGUACGGCAAGGCUGUAUAUUGUCUCCCUGCUUAUUUAACUUAUAUGCAGAAUUCAUCAUGCGAAAGGCUGGGCUGGAUGAAUCCCAAGCCGGAAUUAAGAUCGCCGGAAGAAAUAUCAACAACCUCAGAUAUGCAGAUGACACAACCUUGAUGGCAGAAAGUGAGGAGGAAUUAAAGAACCUUUUAAUGAGGGUGAAAGAGGAGAGCGCAAAAGAUGGUCUGAAGCUCAACAUCAAAGAAACGAAGAUCAUGGCCACUGGGCCCAUCACCUCCUGGCAAAUAGAAGGGGAAGAAAUGGAGGCAGUGAGAGAUUUUACUUUCUUGGGCUCCAUGAUCACUGCAGAUGGUGACAGCAGUCACGAAAUUAAAAGAUGUCUGCUCCUUGGGAGAAAGGCAAUGGCAAACCUAGACAGCAUCUUAAAAAGCAGAGACAUCACCUUGCCAACAAAGGUCCAUAUAGUUAAAGCCAUGGUUUUCCCAGUAGUGAUGUAUGGAAGUGAGAGAUGGACCAUAAAGAAGACUGAUCACCGAAGAAUUGAUGCUUUUGAGUUAUGGUGCUGCAGGAGACUCUUGAGAGUCCCAUGGACUGCAAGAAGAUCAAACCUAUCCAUUCUGAAGGAAAUCAGCCCUGAGUGCUCACUGGAAGGACAAAUCGUGAAGCUGAGGCUCCAAUAUUUUGGCCAUCUCAUGAGAAGAGAAGACUCCCUGGGAAAGACCCUGAUGCUGGGAAAGAUGGAGGGCACAAGGAGAAGGGGACAACAGAGGACGAGAUGGUUGGACAGUGUUAUCGAAGCUACAAACAUGAGUCUGACCAAACUGCGGAAGGCAGUGGAAGACAGGAGUGCCUGGCGUGCUCUGGUCCAUGGGGUCACGAAGAGUCGGACAUGACUAAAUGACUAAACAACAACAUUCUUGCUGCUGUAGUAGCAUACAUAAAUAAAUUUCUGUACAGUUUGGGCAUCUUUUUUUCUCUCCAGCCAGAAUUCACUGGAACUCAGUUCUGGCAUCUCUCAGGUGGGCGCCAUUGCCAUUAUAAGAGAACAAGAGAAGAGUUCAUGGUGAGUUCAGCAACUCUUUUUCUAGAAAAAUAGCACUACAGUGGUACCCCGGGUUAAGUACUUAAUUCGUUCUGGAGGUCCGUUCUUAAUCUGAAACUGUUCUUAACCUGAAGCACCACUUUAGCUAAUGGGGCCUCCUGCUGCUGCUGUGCUGCCAGAGCACAACUUCUGUUCUCAUCUUGAAGCAAAGUUCUUAAUCCGAGGUAAUAUUUCUGGGUUAGCAGAGUCUUUAACCUGAAGUGUAUGUAACCUGAAGCUUAUGUAACCAGAGGUAUCACUGUAUAUUUAAACUUGAUUGGCAAUUAUUUGGGUAAGGCUAAAGGGUGCCAAAGAUUAGAAGACCCAAUGCCAAUUGGAAGAUGCCAGGAAGACAUAUGUGAAGCUGAAUUAGGAUAAACAGGGAAGGUGGAAUGCAAAUAAAUUUGCUGCAGAACAGUUUGGGUACAUGUACGAAAGGUGGGGAGAGAAAGGGACUGAGAGAAAGAUGCUGGAACGUGAAUAUUACUUAACCCAAGGCAGAAAGAGUUGGAAAAAGUUAUUCAGGACAUUCAGUGAAGUUCUGAUAGGCACACUGGUACCAUGGAUGCCAUACUAGUGCUCCCUGUAGUAUUGCCUGGCAUUCAAAAAUCUAAUUUAUGUAGUCUUGGAACAUUUCCAAAUCAGCAGAAAAAUAAUAAUUUUAGAAAACUAGAAGUGUGUUGUGUUCUGCUUUUGCUUUUUUUGGCAGGGAAUGACAAAAACGAGCACUUGAAGAUUUGGAUAUCCAUGUGAGGUGGAUGACAUGUUCUAAUUUAGUUGUUAAAAUAUAGCCUAGAAUCAACUGAUGGAACAGUCCGGUGAGAUUGUGAUAAUAUCUAAACAUCUGGCAUAAUGGGUGCGUAAUUACCAGCUGAAUUAAUUCGUAUUUCUCUCCUGCCCUUUUCCUAAGGCUCACAGUGGAUUAUAGGAAAAAAGAAAAAAAGGAAAAAAUUAACUGUAAUUAUAUUAAUGAAAAAAUAUGUUUUUAGAAACUUUCAUGAUAACCCAUAUUGCAUUUCAUUUGGGCACAUGUCUUCUUUCACAGUUUGUAAAAAAAGAAGAAGGGAGAAAUAUAUAAAAGAAAUACUCUCCAGUACAUUUUAAAAAGUGUGAAAAGGAAUAGUAUGCAAAAUAUAUAGUGGCUUUUACAGGGAACCAGGCAGAGGGCCUUCUCGGUAGUGGUGCCUGCCCUGUGGAAUGCCCUCCCAUCCGAUGUCAAAGAAAUAAACAACUAUCUGACGUUUAGAAGACAUCUGAAGGCAGCCCUGUUUAUUGAAGUUUUUAAUGACUGAUGUUUCAGUGUAUUUUUAAUCUCUUGUUGGAAGCCGCCCAGAGUGGCUGGGGAGGCCCAGCCAGAUGGGCGGGGUAUAAGUAAUAAAUUAUUAUUAUUAUUAUUUUAUCUGAUGUUCUAUUUUGCCUGUCCUAAGGAGAGAAAAAGAGAAACCAAGACAUUGAUGAAUAAUGUUUUUCUCCAUUAGUGAAUGUACUGUAACAUUACUUCACACCCUACAAAUAUACACACACCCCAAAAACACACUCUUCAAACUGAAUGUUGCUUGUUGACAACAUUAAAAAAACCCCCGCUUAUGUCUGCCAUUUGCCUGGAAAAGUGCUUCUGCUCAUCUAAGUUGGGUUGGCUGUGAGUCCUGGAAGACCUGCUCCCUGCCUUGCAGGCCUUUUUCUACCAGGACUGGGAGGGCGGAGCCUGGACUGACUCCAGCUACAAAAGCUGAGGCUGCUGAAGAGGCCAGAGACUCUCUUGGUUGCCUUUUUGUGCAUACCUGGCACAUUGAGCAUGAGCACCCGUAGUCCCUGCCAUGAACCAUCAUUGGCUGGAUUUGAAGCUACAGCAGCAGAUAUGUUCUAUGCUUAUGAGAAUAUUUUAUUCUUUUCCCAGCUAUGCUGUUUCAAAUGUGCCUUUUAUAUUUGACUUCACUUAGUAGUGCUUUCUUUUGAAAUAAUAAUAAUAAUAAAUUCCUUCCAGUAGCACCUUAGAGACCAACUAAGUUUGUUAUUGGUAUAAGCUUUCAUGUGCAUGCACACUUCUUCAGAUAUCAGUGAGGUUGAUGGACUUCCAUUUCAUGCAGCUCAAUGUGGUGCCUUCCAUAGGUAUCUGAAGAAGUGUGCAUGCACACGAAAGCUCAUACCAAUAACAAACUUAGUUGGUCUCUAAGGUGCUACUGGAAUGAAUUUUUUUUAUUUUGUUUUGACUCCAGCAGACCAACAUGGCUACCUACCUGUAACUUCUUUUGAAAUGUUUAAGAUAAUUUUUUGUUAACUUUGCUCUGCUAAAUGUGCAUUCUGCAGCUGACCUCCUCUGGCGUACGUUUUUUGUUUUUGUUUUUAAAUGUUUAGGAUAACAUUUUCGUUUCCUGUUAAUUAUGUUUGAAUGAGUGUUAAUUGUCUUUAAAUGUAUGCUUUAGAUUUGACUGUCUUCAGUAAUGUUUCAUUCUGGGCUGUUUUAUUUGAUGUUUUAAUGUAGGUUGUAAACUGCUUUGAGAUCCCCCCCCCCAAAAAAAAAUAUAAAGCAGUAUAUAAAUGAAAUGAACAAUAAUAAUUUACUUUUAGAAUCCCCUGAAAUGAUACUCAAUCACAGGUAUUUUUAUUUAAUUAAUGGGAUGUUUUUUAUUGCUUGAUUGAAACAAACAAACACAAAAAACACAUACACAUCUAAAGUCACCUGGUGGAAGCACCUUUAAAUUGUCCCACACAGUGGUGGAUACCAUAUUGUAAGCUACAUUGAAUAACUCACCAAUUAAAUAUGAACAAUUAGAUAAACGGUAUUUGAAUCUCAAAAAUUACCAAAUGAUAAUUUUGGUAGAUUUUUUAGAACAUGAAGACGUAUGAGCACUCUUGACGAUGGGGUGUUUUGGUUUCCAGGUAAUUUGAUCUUUAAAAAAAGCAAGGGGAUAUUUUGUUAUUGUUGUUAGUACCCGUCUGUCUGGGGAGACAAGGGAAGAGUGAGCCUUUUAUGGUGAAGUCAAACUAUUGGAAGGUUACAGUAGCACUUGCUGUGGCAACACAGACCGAUACGGGAGAGACAUGUUUUGUUGCAGUUGGGGCAGAUGAAGGCAUCUGGUUGUGCUUUCUCAGAUGCAGCAGGAUGUUUCUUAUUGUAUUUAUUUGUUGUAUUGGCAUAUAUAUUAUUCUAGGCCAGUGAUGGCCAAACUCUGCCGUCCAGAUGUUUUGGGACUACAACUCCCAUCAUCCCUAGCUAACAGGACCAGUGGUCAGGGAUGAUGGGAAUUGUAGUCCAAAAACAAGUGGAGGGCCAAGUUUGGCCAUCACUGUUCUAAGCAUAGCUGUUGAUGAUUCUCUUAAGGUAUAAAGUAUUGUCAUGGAUUAGCAUUUUUAUAUAUGAGGAGAGGAACCUGGAUUUUGCUUUAUUACUUGGUAAUACACCUGUACAUUGGCGUAAAGCCUUGGGGUCUGCUGGUGGAAUCUGGCAUAAAGAACUAGGGAAUUCUACCUAUAGGUUAUAAAAGCAAAGUUAUUUGGAGGUUCUAGCAAAUGACAUUUGUUAAAAAAAACAAGAAGCAUUUUUGUCAGGGAUUGUAGGACAAGACCUGCCAAGGAAAAUAAAGAAUUUAUUUAUGUAUGCUACAACAGCAGCAAGAGUCUUGAUAGCACAAGGAUGGAAGAAUGAGGAAACCCCGACAAAAGAAAAGUGGCAAGAGAAACUGAUGAACUAUGCAGAACUGGCGAAACUGACAUAUGAACUACAAGAUAAGGACAACUGUGACUUUAAACAAGAAUGGGAACUUUUCACAAAUUACUAAAAAGACAACAAAAUGAAUUGGACUCCUUGGCAGGUUUUGAAUAAACAUACACAAAUUUAUUGAUUGAUAACAUGGCGGAUAGAUAAUGUAGGAUUUGCAUAAUUUUAUAGCAUGCAAAGAAUAAUAUGUGUUGAGAAGUCAGAGAGAGGAGCUGAGGGAAGUCUCUGGGGGAGGGGAGGGAGGGUUUGAGGGGGUGGGGGAAGGGAGAAAAAUAAUGAAUGUGAUAUGUUUUGAUAAGUUAUGCUGAAAUUGCUAAUAAAAACAUUUAAAAAAUUAAAAAUAUAAUAAAAGCAAAGUUAUUUCAGCCCUCUGCCAAGCUGCCAAAAAGACUCCUAGCAUGGGUUGCCAAUACAUGCACCUAUCAUUUUGCCAUGGAAUUACUCUGGCAAUGAAAGGCUACAGGAAAUUAUCUUAGGUAGGGUGGAGAAACUAGUCCUGGGGUUAUGAAGGCGAUGGGAUUCAUAACCCAUCGCCUGAUGGAAACCCAUCGGCUGAUGAAACCACACCUUUAGCCUUUGCACAGGGGACCUAUAGAUCCUCUCGGUCACUUCCCCCCAAUUUUUCAAGUUCUUCUACAGCAGAUGCACAUAUACAGUAGCCACAAUGAACCCGCAAAGGAAUGCAAAAUUGAGUAUAACAAAAGCUGAUUUCAACUGUGAUGUCUGAAAAGAUGUAGUACGACAGAUAGAUAAAUGAUGGGUGGUAGAUAAUAGAUAGAUAGCGUUCCUUAUGUGAUCAAAAUGUAUUCGCUGCUCAGUCAUGGAUCUUAAAAUGAGGAAGAACCACAAGAAAGGCAGCAGUACAUUUCCUGGCAAGCAUCAACGCCAUACUGUUAAGGCAUGGACUCAUCUAGAGUUGGAUCUGAUGAAGUCAGCAGAGUGCGGUGGAGCAGAGAAAGGAGUACAGAGGCAUUGUCCUAGGAGACAUUCUUAAUUCUUUGCACAUGAUAGAAGUCUGGCUGCAGCGAGAGUGCAGCUGCUUGCAUUCAUUGGUAUGCAAGGCUGGAGAAAAAUGAAGUCAAUCUUGUCCCUGCUUCAGGGUCAUCAUACAACCUUGUAAUGGAAAGGGGAGAAAGCUGUCUUUGCACUUUCCUAAACACUGAAGGUAGAUACCCUAAAGGUCUGCAUCUGGGUAGAGGCCAUGUAGAAUCUGUCCUUCCAUUGCUAAACAGUCUGUAUAUCUCUACGCAACUGUUAAGCCCAUUAUCAGUACAGAUUUCUUUCCUUAGCAGAGCCAAAUUUGUGAGAUAUUUUCUUAAAGAGAGCAAUUUGAAGCCAGGGCUGCAUAAGCUAUGUUCAUCUGAGGGCAUGAUGGCAUUUGUAUCAUUAUACCAAAAUAAAAAAAAAAAUAUGAAAGAUUGUGUCCUUUAUUUUUAUCCUAGCAAUCGGGGCAAACACUUAAAUGUACAGCAUAUGGGAAAUAAACUGAGCAGAUGAACCUGUUAUCACAGAGCUUAAUAGAUUCUCCACAUGAAGCAAUGAUAGAAAACGCUAUUGUUUAAGCUGGUACCCAGAGAACAUCGUGAGAUUAUAAAAUGGAGACGUCAGUGCAAACAGAUUAAUGUGGGGACUGAAUGUUGCAUAGGUGCCUGAAAGAGUUAGGCACAUGGGUGCUUACACUACACAUGUAUAGAAAAGAUCAUAGAAUCAUAGAGAUGGAAGGGACCCUGAGAAUCAUCUAGUCCCAGUCCCUUCAGUACAGGAAUAUGAAGUGUUUGGAUUUGAUAUCCCGCUUUAUCACUACCCUCAGACUAAGAUUCUCCUUUCCCUUCCUCCCCCACAACAAACACUCUGUGAGGUGAGUGGGGCUGAGAGACUUCAAAGAAGUGUGACUGGCCCAAGGUCACCCAGCAGCUGCAUGUGGAGGAGCGGAGACGCGAGCCCAGUUCACAGGUUAUGAGUCCACCGCUUUUAACCACUUCACCAUGCUGGCUCUCUUAUAUGUCACUGUCCCAUAUGAGGAUUGAACCUGCAACCUUGCUAUUAUCAGCACCACACUCUAACCAACUGAGCUAUUCAGUGGUCCACUCUGAGGAGAGUAUUCUUUUCCCACAAGCCAUUCAAGAUGUGAUGCAGUUUUUUUAAAAAAAAAAACACCUUCAAAAAUAGCAAAAAUGUAUAGAACAGUCUCCAAUAAGUGUUUGAAGUGUAAAGAAAAAGAAGGCACUUUUUUCAUAUGUGGUGGAAUUGCAAAAUAAGUAAAAAUUACUGGGAAAUGAUUUACAGUGGUACCUCUGGUUGCGAGCGGGAUUCGUUCCGGAGGCCCGCUUGCAACAUGAAAAGAGCGCAACCCACAGCGGCACGUCUGCACACACACGGGUUGCAAUUCGCUAAGAUAUUAAGAUAAGUUAAAGGAAGCUCAUGGAAGGCUAACUCAUCGUAAGGGUCAUUCCUGAACAACAUGGGAUAGGAUGGGAAAUUCUGGGGGAAGGAUUUCUUCUCUGAAUUUCCUUAAGAUAACUUCCAAUUUUUGGACAUUUUUCUCGAGAGCCAGUGUGGUGUAGUGGUUAAGAGCGGUAGACUUGUAAUCUGAUGAAUUUCACGUCUCCGCUCCUCCACAUGCAGCUGCUGGGUAACCUUGGACUACUCACACUUCUUUGAAGUCUCUCAGCCCCACUCAGCUCACAGAGUGUUUGUUUUCGGGGAGGAAGGGAAAGGAGAAUGUUAGCCGCUUUGAGGCUCCUUCGGGUAGUGAUAAAGCAGGAUAUCAAAUCCAAACUCUUCUUCUUCUUCUUAUAGAGGAUGCCCCUAUACCCCAUCCCACAUUGUUGAAGACUUUACCCCACAAGGCUCCAAAGAGGCUUUUCCUGAUGCUUCACAGGUAAGGUUCACGUUCAGUUGUUGUUGGCAGGGCGGUCCCUCCCUCUACCUGAUCGAUGCCCUGGCAACACCUCCCCAGGCAGGAUUGGGCGAUUGGCAGUGGUAAGCAAAGACCUCCAGGUAUCCAGCCUGGGGAGGAUGAAGCCAGCCUGUACUGGGCUGAGCCACACUGGGAUGGGGGGGCUAUACACAACCACACAAAAGGCGCCCCCCAUUUUAUGUGGGGAGCGGUCAUUCCUGGGACACAGGUGUCUGCAGAGGGGAGGAGGGAAUGGAAAACUUAUUUCCCACAAACCUUCUUCAGUUAACUUAGGAUCCAGACCAACUAUAUGGGAAUCCACCUAUGAAAAAUGGAGCUCAUGUUGGUUCUGUACCUUUCUUUACAUACUGUGUAGACAGGAAUAUUUAUGGGUUCUAGAUACGAGUAAGUAACAUGAAAAGAAGCUUGCCUUCUCAACAGGGCUGACCUUAACAUGAAAUGAUGUUAGGAAUUCACAUUGGGCAACAAGUUACACUGCAGGCAUUAUUUUUCUGCCUGCAUCUUCCAUCUCUGGAGAUAUGAGCAAGAGAGGAAUUUCAUUAUGUUAUUUCACUUCAGAUGCAAAAACAGCUCAGGCAUAGUUUGCAUCAGGACAGGAAUAUACAGUCAUUUUAAUUAUAUAUAUAGCACUGUGGCUCCUUUCAACAUAGCUUACUUUAACUGAUGGGUAUAAUAUAGUCCUUGAUUUUGUAAUCAGACAAACAUUUUCCCUGGGAAUGUUUACCAGGGAGACAAAGAAGGUAAGCAAAUACAUUUUAUUAGCCUGUCACUUUGGAGAUUGAAAUCAAAGUACCUCUGGUAAAAGGCAUCUUCCCUUAUCGGCAUUGUUUCUCCUCAUUCUGUGGGAACACCUUGAACUAAUCGUAUUUGUCUUGCUUAGUGUAUUCUGAGCUCAACGAUUUUCAUUUGUUCAGCUGAACACUCCUCUCCGCCCCUCGCCAGCACUUCCUUGGCUUAGAAACAUUGCCUCAAAAGCGAUAAAUCUAUGUGUGCCGCAUUGUUAAAAAUUAUUACCCCCACUUUAUUUGAUGAGAGGGCUUUGCAAACCAUUUGGAAAGGAUAAGCACCAAAGUACUUUCAUCCCAAAGCAAUUGUGCCCCUCUUGCAUUACUGCUUAGUGCUCAAAACUCACAAGAAAGUCCUCAGGGUGUUUGGUGACAUUUCUCAAAGCGCACAGUGAAUUGCCAACUCAUUUGAUACAUUCACACUCCCUCUUUUUUGCAAAGGGAACAAACAAACAAAUAAAAACCUUCUUAGAGGAACAGCUCGCAGGUUGUGGAGGACACCAGAGAAGAUGGGAGAAGCCUUUCAUAGAAAAUGACACUCUGGGCAUGUUUCUCCACUAUGGAUGAUGAGGUUGAAGUGCAAGGCCCAUGAUCCCUGGGUGAUUAGCCAAUGGAGUUCCUAGCAUUUUUUUCAACCAGAGAAGAGGUCUGUUGGGCCUCUUAUUUGGUGGAAAGAAUUCACAUCUGGGGAUCAUGGCUCUUGUACUCCAUCAUCACCUGAAUCCUUAUACUCCACCUCAACCACUGAGAUCUUCUGAUGGGACAGUUCUGGUGGUCCCCGUGCUCCUGAGGUUCAGUUGGCCUUCACUUGGGACUAACCCAGGGGUGGUAGCCCCUGUCCUGAGGAACUCCUACAAGUAGAACCAUCCUUCACUUCCUUCAGAUGUCUUUUGGAAACAGGCAUUUCCAGUAUCAUUAUUUUUUUUUUAAACAAAUCACCAUGUAUUGAUUUUAACUGAAGUUUUUAAUUCUGUUUCUAUGGUUUUUCAAAACAGUUUUAUCCUUAUAUGUGUAUUCCACCUUGCUAUAUUCUUAUUAAGGUGCCAAUUAUAAUUUCAUAGACAGCUUAGGCCUCAUUUUAUGAUAAACCCCUCAAAGGUUGGCUGCCACCAUAUGAACUACAACCAAUACUUAGUUUAAAUCAUAAAACAGUGUUGGAAUCAGCAAUGAAAUAGUGAUAAAAACAGCAGUAUCGACGGCAAUAGCAUGCAGCCCAGCAGAAUAAAGAUUAAAACAAUAAACCUAGUUUAAAACUAUUUUGCAAACUAAAUGCUUCAGUGGCUCAUGUAUAAAUCAGUUGGUCCCCAAAAGGCAACAAGAUGGACAUGAUGGAAACAAGCAUGUCAACCCCAUUAAUAUAAGAGGUGUCUAUCUUUGUGUGUAUGAAGCGUCCCCAACCUAAAUUCAGUUGUGUUGGCUGUAAAACAGUCCAUGUCAGCCCCAGCCUUUCUGAUUUGGAUAUAUGUCAGAAAAUGAAAGCUAGACAGAGGGAAUCAAAGCUCUUUCUUAUUUCCCAAGAGAGCUUGAAAACCACAAGGGGCCUCUGCGCUUUCUGGCUGAGACUUUUUACUUUGGCAAAAAGAAGUUUGACUAGCGUUUAGAAGGACAAGCCUUUAUAGCAUCAUCUAAACCUGGCCUUAAAAAUGACUUUUUAAAAUUGCCUGUGGACUUGAGGAAAAUCAAAUAAUUCACAACUUCCCAGACUUUUACUAUAGUGAAUGAUUGCUGGCAUUGAUAUUCAGUUACGAUAUACUUUCUCAACACCAGAAGAUACAUGACAUCUUUUUUAUAUUAUUAUUAAAUGCACAGACAUUCAUUUUCUCUCAUUCACUUAUCAUUGACAAAUAUUGACAUUUAAAUUACUCUACAUUAUUAGAAACCUCAGCCAAAUAAAGACAUGAAAUACCGUGCUAAUGUUCUGACUGAACAUGAAACAUGAUAAAUACUUUAUUUCCACUGCUGUUUCACUGUAGUUGAGAGAAUUCUAGCUCAAUUCAUUACUUAGCUGCAUUGAAGCCAUUUUGACAAUAUUCAUAAGGCUUAACUCCAAAUAUUGCAUCAUCAUAAUUAACAUCAAUUUAUUACAAUCAUAAUUAACAUCAAUUUAUUACAAUCAACGGAUCAGAAAAAUAAGUCCAAAAAUAAAGCCAUAAUCUUAAAUAUAGAGCAAAACACAAAGCAAAGUAUUACCUAAAUGCCAUCAGCUCAGAUGCAACAUUAGCAAAUGUCCUAAGAAGCAGCCCCGAUGAAGCCAAUGAUUAUUCCAACUGUGCCCACUAAACUGCUUCUACCUGGGGAACUGGCACUUUUACAUGUGCUAUAUAAUGUUUGCUCUGUAUUUGUGAAAAAUCAAAAUUUUAGUGUGGCAGCACCUAUUGACUGGAACAUUCUGCAUAUUACUUUUAGGCAGUCACUUUCGUUGUAUUACCUGCUAAAAAUAUACUGUUUAGGCAAGUCUAAAGGUAAAGGUAAAGGUAAAGGUAAAGGUAAAGGGACCCCUGACUAUUAGGUCUAGUCAUGGAAGACUCUGGGGUUGCGGCGCUCAUCUCGCUUUAUUGGCCGAGGAAGCCAGCAUACAGCUUCCAGGUCAUGUGGCCAGCAUGACAAAGCUGCUACUGGUGAACCAGAGCAGCGCACGGAAAUGCCGUUUACCUUCCCGAUGGAGCGGUACCUAUUUGUCUACUUGUACUUCAUGCUUUCAAACUGCUAGGGUGGCAGGAGCUGGGACAGAGCAACAGGAGCUCACCCCAUUGCAGGGAUUCGAACUGCCAACCUUCCAAUCGGCAAGCCCAAGAGGCUCAGUGGUUUAGACCACAGCUCCUCUCGUGUCCCAGAUAAACAAGCACACAAUCACUGAUAGGUCCACCCACCAUUGUGAGGCUCAAAGCAAUGAAGAUGAUGCCUCCCCAGCUGUUGCCAUUGGCUGUGGGUUUCUUGUGAUGUCACAAAAGUACUUGGCAACUGAGUGGAUUUGCAGCAGGACACACCUGGCAAUGGAUGUGACAUUCAGCACUGCCCAGGUUUCUUCCAAUUGGAGGAGGCAAACUGGUGAAUGAAAGGAGGCAAUCCUCUGGCAGUGGGAUGCUAAUAAGGCAAGUUUGCUUGCUUGAAGGCUGCUGGUAUCUGUGAUUGGAAGCUGGCGGACGUCUCAUGAUGGACCUAACAGUAUCUUCUGGCACAAUGGGACACCGUGACAGAAACCAGAGCACACAGAAACGCCAUUUACCUUCCUGGCGCAGCGGUACCUAUUUAUCUACUUGCACUGGUGUGCUUUCAAACUGCUAGGCUGGCAGGAGGUGGGACCGAACAACGGGAGCUCACUCCGUCGCGGGGAUUCGAACCACCGAACUUUUGAUCGGCAAGCCCUAGGCUCUGUGGUUUAACCUACAUCGCCACCUGCAUUCCUCUUUUAGGCAAGUCUAAGCACUUUUAUUUUAUUUAAUAUGUUGUUUCUAAAACUGUUGUUUUCAGUUUUUUUGAAGAAAUGCUUUUAUUAUAUCUGCCUUGGUUUAACAGUCUAUCGAUUUUAGUGGUAUUUAGUAGAAAUCAAGAUGAAUAUUGUAAUAAUAAAAAUUAUCCAAAUUCAGUGGGAUUUUUUUAAUGGCAAAUGAGCAAACUCAUUUGAUGUAAACAAGAGUGCUUGUGUUGAUAAAUGCCCAUUCACACGGUAAGCAUGGUUUUACUUUAACCUGGGAUGGAUGUCAUAGACGUGGCGAGGAUCAAGCAGGUAGGGUCAAACGGGAAUGUUGUUGCUGGCGUGACUUUGUUGUUUUUUAAAGAAAGCAUUUAGUUUAAAUAAAUCUUUCCCAAGCAGGUGCUCUACCACUGCUUAGAAGAAAAGAUACUGUUGCCGCAAACAUGUUUGUAAUGAUAUAGGGUGGAUGGUUCAUCUAUUUCUGGUCUGUGUCAACAUCACAAGUGCAGCUUUGUGAAUCAAGCACAUUCUGCUCUGUUUGUUAAUCUGUAUUUUAAAUUCCUUUUAAAAUACGUACCUAAAUAUGAAUCAAACUGGAUAUGUUAUCAAAAAGUACUAUGUAUUGGCCCGAAUAUAAGCCACACUCCUCCCCUCCCCCCAAAAAAAUUAUGACCAUGAAAAGUUAACAUGUGGCUUAUAUUCACGAUCUUACAAAAAUUGGCUUGGAGUGGGCUUGUCCCCAGAUUUUGCUUGGUUUCGGCUGGACCGGCUCCCAAGAUGGCGGCACAGCAAGGCGGUCCCUGAGAGCGAGCCAGAAGGCAGCGAGGAGAGGAAAGAAGGGACGAGUGCAGACGAGAGAGAGAGAGAGAGAGAGAGAGAGCGAGAGAGCGCAAGCAAGAAGGUCUACUAG